GGGGGAAGGUUGGGUGUGAGCUUGUAACUCUUGCAGGCUUCAAGUGUUAUAGGUUCUUUCCUGUGUGUUUGGUUGUGUGAUGUAGCCGUGUCAAUAAGGCUUUCUUUAAGAAGAAAAGAGCUUCUCUGGUGAAUCACGUCAGGUAGUGCUGAGUGUGGAGGUGCACCUUGGCUUUCUGGUGAACAUAAAGGCAUGUUUAGAUUCCUUGGUGAGUCCACUGGGAAGGGACAGAGCGUGACGGAGGGAGCUGUGACAGGUUUCUUGUAGUACCUGUCAUGCUCUGAGCCGUAGAUAAAGAGCUGCCUUUUGUCUGUAACUGAAGCACGUGGUAUUCGAAAAUGAACUUUUUUGGUGGAGGUGAAGGAGUUUUUAUGAAGCUUGUGAACUCGGGGGGGAGGAGGCUGACAUCUGAUACCUGCUUUGCUUCAGCUGUUACUGAUCGCUGUGGUUUGGGAGAUAGAAGUGGUGCUUUCUUUCCUUGCACAGGAAACACUGAGCUGUAAGUGUUGAAACUUUGUGCAGAUAAGUGAAGGCGGGGCACGAGGGUCUAAAAUGCUUCGGUGACAAGUGUUUCUGUGUCUGCUUUGGAGCUUGGCGAGGGGACAAAGGGCCACAAACAGCGGUGUUGACCAAACCAUGUUGGUUUUCGAGUGAUUGCACUAAUAGGUGCUCUUGUCCUACUUCACUUUACAGGAGUGAUAAAUAGAGGGCCAAACUGAGUUCUCUUGCUGGUAGUGCUGUAGGUGCCUAUCUAGGAUGCUGUUAAUAUUCAUUACAUUAACUGCACUAGCAAUUAUUAAAACAUCACUGUUAACCUGCUUAAGUAACCUGCCAGGCAACCCACUAAUGAUACCACGGAGGUGGAGUAGGUCAGCUUGAUAAGCUCUCAUUGUAUUUUAUUUAUUUUUUACAUAAAAACAGCCAUCUGCAGCUGGAGGAGACAGAAAUGGAGCAUGCCCAGGCUUCUGAAAUAGAGGAUACAAUAUUUUAUCUCAGAUCUCAAUCCACCUACGUGCAGCCCAGGAUGGUGGAGAGAAGUAUGUUGUCAGCUUUCAGGAGUAGGAGGAACAGGGCUGUGCAGUGCUUUGCUGGCAAUUAACCUGGAAAAAAGGAGUAACUUGAGGAGAAGGGGAUCCUUGGGCUGCUGGAGUAGCAGGCGAGUCUGCUGUAGCCAGGAAGAGGAAUUGUCUCCACGGAGUGACUCGGAGCAGCUGGGUUAGCAUCCAGCACAGAGUUCAAGAUCUCUUCACCUGCAGAGAUCAAAAGGCUGUGACGGCUGUUCCUGCCCUGGUGGCUUCCUACUGGGAAGUGUAACUGGAUAUAAGGAGAUAGGACUCUUGUACUUGGUAUCAGCGGUGCCUUCCAGAGCACGUGACUCCAAGUAGUGCAUUAGAGCUUAUCAAAUGCUGUGAACUGGAAUGAAACGUCCAGAUACUUCGACAUGCACUUGUUUCAUAGUAGCUUUCACCGGCUGAGUCAAAGUAAUGUCACAUUUCCUUCAGAAUAACCUCUGAGGUACUGAAAUGUCUGAGCCAGAACGUGCAACUGCUGUGCAUUUGUCUCUAGCCUGGGUAGCUGGUGGUGUAAAGAGCUGCCUGUUACAUCCCGUACGGGUUUGAAACUCUGAGAAAUGAGCUUCGUGACUUGUGAUUCCACCCCCCCUUCUCGAUACCGGUGCUGUAACUUCCCAGUGCUGUCAGGAAAACUUCAGGAAAGUGCCCAGCACUCAAUUCCUGCUGUGAUUCCUGUGAAUUACUGGAUUGUUAAAAGACAGCUAUUUCUUUCUACAUAAUGCUUCCAGAUUUCAGGCUGACCGAGUGGCUUGCAUGGAAGACCUCAAAGUGGAGCUGGUGGUAAUUCAGGAAUUUGAAAUGCUGAGCUCCUGGUGCUUUACGGCUUCUCCCUUGGACGGUGCAGGGUUGCUAUGUCCAGACUGGUGCAUCGACUUGCAUACGUGUCAGCUGCUUGUGGGAUGGGCAGAGGUCACAAACCACGGCCUCCUUUGGCGUGAACUGUCCUUACUCGGAGUGUGUUUCUCAGCAGAACAGCCAGAACUCUGCCCUUGCUUUGAGGGGAACAGCUGAGAAGCUCUGACAGAAAGAACUCGAUGCCAUACAGUCUAAUGGUGAACUGGAGCACGAGUACCUGUUCUUCCCCUCACCUGAUGAGUGCUUUCUGGUGGGGGGGUGAGGGAGGUGAACCCCAGCUGGCUGCAGUGAUUCUAGGGAGUAGCAGCAGGGAAGAAAUCUGCCAAUGUGAAGCAUCAGGAGAGAAUAGUUGGAACUUUCCGGGACAAGAGAGAACUGGUUUAUUCUCUCGUUCUUUGAUUUUAGUAAGACAAGAGCCUCGAAGUACUGGGAGUAGAGACGAGGAUUUCUCCUCCUAUCCAGGGCCUGUCAUGGAUGAAGAGACUCAGCACAGCCUUGAAUGCAUCCAGGCUAAUCAGAUCUUUCCCAGGAAGCAGCUGAUCCGAGAGGAUGAGAACCUGCAGGUGCCGUUCAUUGAACUCCACGGGGAGAGCACGGAGUACGUGGGGAGAGCAGAGGAUGCCAUCAUUGCCCUGUCCAACUACAGGCUGCACAUCAAGUUCAAGGAGUCUGUUGUGAAUGUUCCACUGCAGCUCAUCGAGAGUGUGGAGUGCCGGGAUAUUUUCCAGCUCCAUUUGACCUGCAAGGACUGCAAGGUGAUAAGGUGUCAGUUCUCCACGUUUGAGCAGUGUCAGGACUGGCUGAAGCGGCUCAACAAUGCCAUCCGCCCCCCGGCCAAGAUCGAGGACCUAUUCUCCUUCGCCUACCACGCCUGGUGCAUGGAGGUCUACGCCAGUGAGAAGGAGCAGCACGGGGACCUGUGCCGGCCAGGAGAACACGUAACUUCCAGGUUUAAGAACGAAGUGGAGCGGAUGGGGUUUGAUAUGAACAAUGCCUGGAGGAUUUCCAACAUCAAUGAGAAGUACAAGCUGUGUGGCAGUUACCCCCAGGAAAUCAUCGUUCCUGCCUGGAUCACGGAUAAGGAGCUGGAGAGCGUGGCGAGCUUCCGCUCCUGGAAGCGCAUCCCUGCCGUGGUGUACAGGCACCAGAGCAAUGGGGCAGUGAUCUCCCGCUGUGGCCAGCCCGAGGUGAGCUGGUGGGGCUGGAGGAACGCCGACGACGAGCACCUCGUCCAGUCCGUGGCCAAAGCCUGUGCCUCGGACUCGAGGUCCAACAGCAACAAAUUAAUGAAUGGGAAUUGCUCCAGAGAUUUCUCCAAUGGAGGGGACCUCUCUGAUGUGGAGUUUGACUCCUCCAUCUCCAAUGCCUCAGGAGCAGAGAGUUUGGCGAUUCAGCCCCAGAAGCUUUUGAUCCUGGACGCGCGGUCGUACGCGGCAGCCGUGGCCAACAGAGCCAAGGGGGGAGGCUGCGAGUGCCCAGAAUAUUACCCCAACUGUGAGGUGGUGUUCAUGGGGAUGGCCAACAUCCAUUCCAUCCGGAAGAGCUUUCAGUCCCUGCGUCUGCUCUGCACACAGAUGCCAGAUCCAGGAAAUUGGCUGUCAGCUCUGGAGAGCACCAAGUGGCUGCAGCACUUGUCAGUGCUCCUGAAGUCGGCGCUGCUGGUGGUUCACGCCGUGGACCGCGACCAGCGGCCGGUGCUGGUGCACUGCUCCGACGGCUGGGACCGCACCCCCCAGAUCGUGGCGCUGGCCAAGCUGCUGCUGGACCCCUACUACAGGACCACAGAGGGUUUCCAGGUGCUGGUGGAGACGGAGUGGCUGGAUUUUGGCCACAAGUUUGCAGAUCGCUGUGGCCAUGGGGAGAACUCGGAUGACCUGAACGAGCGCUGCCCGGUGUUCCUGCAGUGGCUGGACUGUGUCCAUCAGCUCCAGAGGCAGUUCCCUUGCUCUUUCGAGUUUAAUGAAGCAUUCCUUGUGAAAUUGGUGCAGCACACCUACUCCUGCCUCUUUGGAACAUUCCUGUGCAACAAUGCGAAGGAGAGAGGAGAGAAACACACUCAGGAACGGACCUGCUCCGUCUGGUCUUUGCUGCGGGCAGCAAACAAAGCCUUCAAAAACCUGCUCUACUCCUCCCAGUCGGAGUCUGUGCUGUACCCAGUGUGCCAUGUGCGGAACUUGAUGCUCUGGAGUGCUGUUUACCUGCCCUGCUCGUCCCCCUCCACGCCCGCCGACGACUCCUGUGCCCCGUACCCUGUGCCAGGCUCUAGCCCUGAAGAGCAGCCUCUGGGCAGGCUACCAAAGACGAGAUCCUUCGACAAUCUGCCGACAGCCUGUGACAGCAGCGUGCCUCCAGCCGCCCGCCGCAGCAGCGACCCCAGCCUCAACGAGAAGUGGCAGGAGCACCGGCGCUCCCUGGAGCUCAGCAGCCUCGGCCCCUCCGGCGACGAGCCCUUCGAGGGGGACAGCCUGGGCCGGCAGGGCAGGGCCCCCCUGGGCGCUGAGCUCUCCGUCGCAGCGGGGGUGGCAGAGGGGCAGAUGGAGAACAUCCUGCAGGAGGCCACGAAAGACGACGUUGGGCUGGAGGAGCACGUGAGGGGUGGCCUGGAGGCAGCGGGGAAAGGGGCUGAGGUGGCCCUGGAUAAAGAGAAGAGAGCUGACAAUCUGCGGGGGUACGUCAGUGAGCUCGGGGAAAAGGCCGAGGCGGACGCAGGUAUCGUAAGGAACAAUCCCACACCCGCCCCACACCCGCUUUCACAAGGUGCUUCUGAGCCCAGAGGACAGCAGGACGAGCACGGCGAUCCCGGCAGCGCUCUCCAGAAGGUACCUCAGGUGAGGGGGCUGCAGGCUGUUCCCGUGGAGGGCUCCGCUCAGAACAACACGGAGGAAGAAGGCGUCGGGAAGCACGAAGAGGCAGAGAGCCCGUACGGCACCGCACAGGCCGGCCUGCCCUUCCCUCUGCCAGCCCCGCCCGAGGCAAGGACAUCCAACAUCGAAAGUUCCACGGAGACCUUAACGGAGACCGAAGCAAAGCCUGAGUUCCUGCCUAAGGGCCCGUGCCACAGAGCUCACCCCUUCGACAACAGCGCUGAUGAGCUGUCCCGAACUCUGGAGAACAGGCCGGAGGGGGAGUGCAUGAUAGAGCUCCAAAAACUGGGAACAAGAGUGCACAGGACUUCUGGUGGCAGCACCACGCACCUCCCGAUGCCUUCCCCUUGUGCCUUGCCCUUCGCGGAGCGCAAAGACGAGGUUGUGUGUAACGGGGAGCCGGAGCCCGAGAACAAGCUGGCCGAGAAGCCCGCAGGGCUCGUCCCCCCGAAACUCCCCGCCAGCAAUGGACACUGCGUGAACGGGGAGGACGGGCGGCUCAAGGCCUCGCUCAGCAGGCAGGUGUCCACGGCCAGCUGCAGCUCUGCCCAGCUGCACCUGAGGAACUUGCACCACAAGUGGGUGUUCGGCCCGCUGGGCAGGCAGGCGGCGGGCGGCAGCCCCGACCAGCCCGCCCGCAGCCACCUGGACGACGACGGCAUGCCCGUCUACAGCGACGUCAUCCAGCAGCGCCUGCGCCAGAUCGAGACGGGCCACCAGCAGGAGGUGGAGACCCUCAAGAAGCAGGUGCAGGAGCUGAAGAGCCGCCUGGAGAGCCAGUUCCUCAACAGCUCCCUGCGGCUCAACGGGGACUACGGGGACGAAGUGACGUCUAUCCCCGACUCGGAAAGCAAUCUGGAUCAGAACUGCUUGUCUCGCUGCAGCACAGAGAUUUUCUCUGAAGCCAGCUGGGAGCAGGUGGAUAAACAGGACACAGAGGUGACGCGGUGGCUCCCGGACCACCUGGCCGCUCACUGCUACGGCUGCGACAGCGCCUUCUGGCUCGCCAGCAGGAAACACCACUGCAGGAAUUGCGGGAACGUGUUCUGCUCCAGUUGCUGUAACCAGAAGGUGCCCGUUCCCAGCCAGCAGCUCUUCGAGCCCAGCAGGGUCUGCAAGUCCUGCUACAGCAGCCUCCACCCCGGCAGCUCCAGCCUGGACCUCGAACUGGACAAGCCCAUCACUGCCACGUCCAACUGAAUUCCCGGCCCGGGAGCGGCGGGGAGCAGCCGAGCCGGCCCUUCCCCCGGACAGGCGGGUCCCGAGGGCCGAGGCUGGGAGGCUGCGCUGUGGAGGCCGGGCUGGGACGUGGCUGGGCGGGACAGACGUCGAGGACGUGCCGCUGGAUUGUGGGAGUCUCCUUUUCCAGCUCUUCCCCCUUCCCUGCCUGUCCUGUCCGUGUGUUCGUGUGUGUGUGUAUAUAUAAUAAUAUAUAUAUGUUUGUUUGUUUGCGGGAGGCUGUGGAGGUGGGAAGGGGCUGGGCCAGAGCCAGGAUCCUGGGGGGUUUGUGUCCCGCUCGGAGGGGGGUUGGGAGCAGAGGGAACCGGGCCAGCCAACUGCAGAGCCUCCAGAGCUGGAGCCUCCAGGGCUUUCAGUCACUCCUCUUAUUCCAAACCCGAAACUGCUGUUUGGGAACCUGUUGCUGCUACAAGAGGUGGGAAUGUGCUUCCCAGGAGAGCCCUCUCCCUCUCUGUUCUCCCAGGGGCUCACUGGGAUCCCCUGCACUCACAGCCCCUGAGGUUUGGGCCGUUGGAGCGGGAACACCUGGACUGUUGGCUCAGGAAUGUUGGUGGGGGGUGAGAUGGUGUCACACCAGGCCUCUCCAAAGGUCUGUCCAUGCAAUCCACGAUUCAGAUCCGAGUGGGACAGGAGCAGAUCUUCGCCUUGUCCCUGCCCUCUCCAUGGGAGGUUCCCUGUGGGAGCAGAGCUUUGCCAAGGUCAGGCCCAGGCCCUGGUGGGUCACACUCGCACUUUACUGAGACUCCAGACCGAUGGAAGGCACCGGGACCCGCUGGAGUCUCCGGGCUCGGUCCAUGGGGAGUACACUGGUGCUUGGCAUCCUCCUGGGAUGUUCCUCCUUUCCCAGGCUGUGUUCAGUGUACCCCAGAUAGGAAAAACCUGCCUGAGGAUCUUACAACAAUCCAAAAUGCAUCAUGGAUUCCCCUUCUUCCUUCUGCCCCAAUCCCAGUCACCUCACUGAAGUGUGAAUCUCCCGAGUAUCUGUUUGUAACUCAGCAGUAGGUGCUCAUCCCCUUCCCAUAGAUCCCAUAAAUCCUGCUUAGUGCAAUCUGGCAGAGGAAGUGUAGAUCCUGCUCACAGUGUAUUCCUUAGGCAAAGUCCCAACUGCUCUGUGAUAUUCCCAACAAUCCUGCUGGAGUAUUUGAGAGCUCGAGGUACAGCAGCUCGAAAUCCAAGAAACUUGGGGAAAGGAGCGUUUCCCUUCCCUGGAGUGUCACAGUCACAUCAUCCAAAGGAGGGUCUGAGGGGAAGGGCCUGGGUGGUUGGACUGUGCCCUCCCCACCCCCACGAGGAUCCGGCAGGAAUGAAUGUCCAGGAAGGAGGAGGCUGCGUCCUUUUGGGAAGGGGCUCUGGGAACGGACGGAGCAUCUUGGGAUCUCCCUGGCACGGGUUUAGAAAAAGCUACAAGGAGGGAAAGGCGAGGCUGAGGUGGGUUCUCCAGCCGGGGGGUGUCCAGGAAUUGUUCCUGACGCAGCAGCGGUGCUGGAGCAGAGGCUCAGGCGUGGGAGCGGGAGGAGGGGAAUGUCCGGCUCCUGCCGGGAAUGGGGAGGGGGCAGGGCCGGGGGAUGUCACCCCUCCCUCAUGUGGGCUCGUGGUGCAGGAUGAGCCGGAGCCUCUGCAGCUCCUGGUGCCGGGAGGGCUGGGAUGUACAGUGUGAAUAAACGCUUGCGGCUCUUUAGGCUUUUUUGGAUCGAUGAAGCACUUUUUUUAUUAAUAUUAUUUUUCUUUGUAUGUAAAGGAGGAAGCGUCUCUCUCUCCGUAGCUGUGUACAGAAAUAACCCUUCUCUCCACAAGAGAGUAAAGUGCUCCUAUAUUUUUCAUUUUUGUCAAAAGCGAGAAGUAAAUACUUUAGAAUUGUUAAAUAUAUAAAUAAAAGUGAAUAAAGUUUAGACUUUUGCAUGGGA